GUUGCAAGAGGAAUGUUUGUCCAAGGCAUGCAUAAUUCAACCGUCAAAAACAUCGCUUGAAAGAUGAUGUCCAUGACCUCCUUGGACAUCUAUUGUAAUUAACUCAUUCGUUGUUUGGAUGGGUUGAUUACGAUAGACAUCGAAGGAGGAACGAUUACUGAAGGAGUCAGAAAGAAUACUGGUGUGGCUCUCAAGUAUAUUAAUGGUGGCUUCAGAUAUGUAGUGUCUCUCGUAUCCAACCAAAGGUAAAGUACGUGUAUCAGAACGUGCGAAAUUUCAAAACAGAGAGUAGGAAUAAAGUGCAUGGAUUGAAGCUUUUAAUUUUUCCUAUUAAUUCACUUAGAAGCUGCCGUGGUUUCAACUACCUGAUAAACAAUGGAAACACGUCAUUACUUCGAGCAAUGGCCAUUUUAAUCAUGACAAGAUGCUUCAAACACAAACACCCCACAAGUGGAAAAAGCAAGCUAGCUAGGUUGACUAUCACGGCUCAAUAUAGUAUUACAAUAUUAAAAGUAAUGCAUAUACAUACAUGGCAGGAAAUAGGACUCUCCUUCGGGUAUUAUUCAACAGAAGCAAAGCAAAAGGACUUUUAUCACAAAGAACUUGUUCAAUAACCUGACGAGUUUUUCCUCUCGAUGUUUUGUUUGGAACUUUUUUCUGUACACAGAAAAAGCCAAAAAGUUACAGGAACGUACCCUACAAUUUAAUCCCUCCACCAUUUUCAUCAUUUUUCCAGGGUCGAGGAGUGAAUGUAAUGAACAAUUUGAUGGAGGCCACAGCGACCGCAGAAAUCUCCCGAGGACAACUCUGGCAAUGGCUCCGACAUUCUGUGAUCCUGGACAAUGGAGAAACCUUCACGCCUAACAUGUACAGAGCAAUACGCGCUGAGAUACUACAGCGUGAAGGCGGGAGUGGAAAAGAAAGAUUGCAACAAGCUGCAGAGAUUUCGGAUUAUUUAGUUUUGUCCAGUGAGAUGGAAGAAUUCAUGACAUUACCUGCUUAUAAACUGCUUGAUAAUCCACAAGCAAAACUACAGUGUUGA